UAUAGAAAUUCAAUACUGAAAGAUAAUGAUUGAAUAUUUAUCAACAACACUUUAUAACAAAUAAUUUAAAGUAUUAUACUAGCCAGUAUUAAACUGGUAAGGGUGUCAUAUAUUGAUGAUCAAUUUUUUUACUUUUUUAUGUUUCGCGAGAAAUAAGAGUUCCUUGAGAUAGAAGUUUUGAGAUAACAAUUGAUACAUAAGAAUGUAGAUUUCGCAACAUUGUACAAUCAAAUGAAAGUAGUCGACGAUCUGACGUAGUUAUAACAGAUCCAGUUCUGAAAAAAAACUGGUUUUGAAAGCAGUAAAUCCAAGUUCCGAUUUCGAAGGAGACCGCAGAGCACAUGCGUCUCACAUGAAGUUUCCUGUGAAUGGAGGAUUCACGAUGUCGCAACAUGGGGCUACUUUACAAACUUAUAAUCAGGAACUCGUCAAAUGUUUAGAAGAGAUGAAACUGAAGCGGUCAGAACUGCAAGCUCAUAUAGAAGCCCAAGAACAAGAGAAGAACAGUUUACAACGCGAAAUCGAGAAGAUGUCGUGUAAACUUACGCAACUGAAUGAUAGCUUGGCGAAAAGAAUCGCCGUUAGAAAUGAAUUCGACAGAACUAUCGCCGAUACUGAAACAGCAUAUGUGAAGAUCCUAGAAAGUUCUCAAUUAUUGCUUAAUAUGAUUAAAAAGAAGCUGUAAAUCUAAAUCAGACUUUAAUGAGAACUGAAAUUGAUAAGCAGCAACAUCGACAAUAAGGUAUCAAUUAGAAAA